UUCAAAUUUUACUAUUUCUGAUUUCUUUGUUUGUUUGCUUUAAAAUUCCAGGUGAAGCUCUUAUGAGCUCUAAUACCUCAAAUCUGACCACAAUAUGACCGCAAAAUCUGGUCAAAACAAGUCUUAAAUUUCAGCUCAAAAUUAAGUGCACAAAAGAAAGAGUCUCCAGUUUUCCUUUCUUUUCUACAUCUUAUCUUGAUUGUGACUGUUAAUCCUUUUGCCUUAGCAAAGGCUACAGUUACAAAUGGGGUAAAAGAGUUGUCUCGAGACAAUACUGUCUAGAGUGACAAAGAUGCCUAAAAAGUGGCGUCAUAGCUUUCUUAGCUUUAAUUAUUAGAUUUUGCCCAAAACACUAAAAUAGACAAACAAAGACAGAGAUUUCCUUUAUCUUUCUAAUUUUUCCCACCAAAAUUAAUCUCUUUGUGUUACAUUUCAUAUAAAAAAGAUAUCUUUAGAUAUUUUCAUUAGCUGUUUAAAAUUUGCUCAAAGCAAUCAGUUCAAUUGCUGUUAAACUUAACCUUAUUGUUCAAAGCUCUUUGAAGCUAUUUCUUAUUCUUGUAAAAGUUACAGUUUUCAUAUUCAUAGAUAAGUUAACCUCUAUUUCUUUAACUAAUUCAAGUCCAAUUCAGCUCUCAAGAAGAAUUCAAGUUUCCUUAUUCUGUGAAUCUAAUACAAGAUCUUAAACCUUCGCGGUACAAGGGUAAAGCUGCGAAUAAUCGUGUAACCAUAGCUAAAGCUAUCUAAUUCAUCUCUUUGAGAUCUCUAACUUCCGUAGUGCAAUUGCUGAACAAUUGGUCUAACAGCGAUUCGGUGUGAGUCCAUGAUGCGGACUUAAAACUUGUAGUGAAAGCAAGUUGUGCAGUCUUCUGGAAGUUCUGAACCUUUCCCGAGCAUAACCCUCUCACUAGCAUGACAACGAUAAGAAAAUUAAUCAUUUGCGCAAUUUUGUACGAAAUUGAGACGAAUCAAAUGUCUAUGAAAUUGGACCAAUAAAGAUCAAUUUUUAAGAUCAAUUUAAUAUAUGGAUUUAAUGAAAAGAUUUUGUGUAGUGUGUGAGUGUGUUACUUAGAGGUUACGACAGUUAAAUUUGACAAAAUGGCUGAGAAAGUUCGCUUUUUUAUUGAAAAUAUAAAGGAAAAUCUAUUAUGGCUCAUAGAUCCAGAAAAUAUUUCAGAAAUCGGAACAAUUAAAGUUAUUCAUUUGUUUGAAAAAUUGUUCAGUCUUUUUGUGAGUCGUCGAGGUGGACUACAGCAAACCUUGGAACAGCCAAUCAAGAUUAAAUUUCAUGUGAUAAAUUGGCUCACACGAUUUCUCAGCUUAUUCUUCAUGGUUCGUUUGUGUCUCUUCAUCUUUACCCACAAUAGUUAUCUUGAUUUGUUCUUAGGAAAUCCUUUUAGCAACAAGGAUGGCAAGCAAAAUGCUGUCCUACUGCACAUCUUUUUCAUGUGUGCAUACGUUUAUGGUUUGCGUGAGUACACUUUACGGCUAGAAGAAACUGGUCGACUAAAAAUUAUAAGAAUAAUUUUAAUGUUGGAGGAACGGGGUUUCAAUGCUGAAGAAUUGAAUAUGAACUAUCAUCGUUGUAAACAGUUCCAAAAAUGGUGUCAUUAUAUCUUUACUUACAACUUUAUGAGUAUUAUAUGUUCUUCUAGUUUGGUUAUAUUAAUUGACAUAUAUUCACGAUGUUCACAAGCCACUUAUCAGUUAUCUUUCAUCAUAGUUCAAGUGAUACAUGUGUUCGUUGAAGGAAUAACUCUUUUUUUGAUAGCUAUAAAUGGCAUUUGUUCAACUACUUACGUUUUAGUAAUCUUCAUUUUUUUCAUUAGACGCUUCAAUACAUUUAAUGAUUCAUUAGCGAAACUCAAUUUAAGAAGCUCUAUGAAUGAUUCUAUUUUAACUAAACUAAAUUAUCAGCUAACAGAACUUUUAAACAAUAUUGGCCAAUGGAAUAGCGAUUUCAAGUACUUGUUUCAAUAUUGUGUUAUAGCUAGCUCUUUUAUCAGUAAUUUUGCUUGUUUCGUUGGUUUUCUUUAUGGCUUUUCACCGGGCGCUAUGACAAGAACUGUGGCCAUUUUUGGCAUUUCGCAUCACAUGCUAGUUUUCAUUGGGACCUAUUUAGCCUCAACAAUCCAUUCUGAGUCCAUCAAGAUUCGAAGAUGCUAUUGCAAACUAUUGUCAAAAGGGAAACUUAAUGAAAUGAUAUUUCAAUUAAAAUCAAUAGAAAUUUUGGAUCGUCUUGAUAGCAAUACAAUUGGGAUUCACUUGGGUGAUUUCGGUAUUGUUAAACGAUCCAAUUGUAUCAUUUUAUUAUUGGAAAAUGCAAGCUUCCUCAUGCUUUUAUCAUGCAAUGUACGCUCAUUCAAUUGAUUCAGUCGGCAUGCUCAAAUCACCAAAAAUUGCUUCUUUCGAUGUAUUAAUGUGUUAUUACAUUGGUCCAAUAUAUUUUCUGGCAUAUUUGACGUUUGCAUGAGAAUUGAAAAAUUAAAUGAUGUUUCGAUAAUUUAAAUUAUUACAUUGAUUCGACUACC